UUUAAGUCAAAUGAAGAAAAACUUGCUUCCUUAUGCAAGAAAACAUCAGUAUCAUAUUCAAGAGCUGGUACUAAUAGUAGGAAAAGGUUGGAGUUUUUCUUAUCUUGUUUGAUUAAGUGAACAAAGAAAUGGUCUAAGUUUUGGUUAAAAGAAAACUAUACCGAGCCACAUGCAUAUACAAGAUGGAUGGUAGUGUUCAAUAUUCCAAGCUAAUGCAUCAAACUUUAACUACUUUCAUCCAACCUCACCAACUUAAAAGUAAACUAUGUCCAAAAACAGAAGAAAUAGUGCUAAAUUUAGCUAUACAUUCCAUUUUGAUAGAUUUCUUGUAGUCUCCUUCCGUCGAUCUUUCAAGUGUUACCAAGGUUAAAAUGGUUCAGCCUAAUGGGGUUGCAGAAGGAGUUGGAGUGGUCACUGUUUUGUACAAGGUCAAUCUUCAUUGCGUACAAUGUGCAAGGGAAAUCCAGAAGCGUCUCCAAAGAACCCAAGGAGUUCAGAUAGUUGAUGUCGAUAUCGAAAGCAGUGAAAUCAAGGUGAUGGGUCAAAUAAAUCCAAAACUACUUCAUGAGGAGGUUCUUAGAAUAAGCAAGAAAAAGGUUGAAAUGGUAGUUCUUCAACCCAAAGUAGGGGAGACGAAAGUUUCAACAACCACAACACUGAAGGUUCAUUUGCAUUGUUCUAAAUGUGAAAAUGAUCUAAAGGCGAGGUUAUUAAAACUCAAAGAUGUUUACGGCGUUAGAUCGGACUUGCAAGCGCAAGCUUUAACUGUUCAAGGAACAAUGGAGUCGCAUAAAUUGGUGGAAUAUAUACAAAAGAAAGUUCGCAAGCAUGCACAGAUCCUGACCCUUAAGGUGGUGGAAGAGAAGAAGGAAAAAGAGGUGAAGAUCGUUGAAACAAAAAAGACUUCAGAGGAAGUGGAAGCAAAGAAGAUAGAAAUAAAAGUAAAUAAAGAAACGGCGAGUGCUAGUGUUCCUUAUGUAAUCCACUAUGUUAAUUAUGCACCUCAAUGGUUUAGUGAUGAAAAUCCAAACGCAUGUUAUGUAAUGUAGAUCUGAAUUAAGCUUGAGUUCAGUUUGGAUCCUGAAUUGUGCAAUGAUGGCCGAGUAUCGUCUCGUUGAAUAGAAGAUACCCUGCUUCAUGGAUAUCCAAAACUCGGAGAGAUGGAUUCGGAUGCCUUGUUUAGACAUAAAGAAUCAAAGAUGGCUGGUCUGGUUAGCUGAAAGUCAACAUGUCCCAUUCCAUUUUCUUGUUGAUAUGAAAUUAAGGGUUAGAAACAAUUCAGUUCAUGUCCUAUAAGCGAUCUUA